AUGCAGUUUUUCUGCGAAUAUCGAGGCUCGGAAACAAAACUGGAUAAAUUGCACAAACUAUUCGAGGAUUGCGGGCGCAUGAAAAUCCCUGUCAGCCGCAUUUCCGGGACGGACGUGUACGGGCUGACAGGCGAAGGCGUCACUUUGGGAUGCAAAGUGAACAAAGCGAUUUGCGGGGACAUCCACAACAUAAAAUGGUACAAAAACAACCAACGGGUCUUCGUCUUUUCCGAGAUGGCGAAGGUUCAGCGGCCCGAAGGAGACUUGGUCGGGAGGCUGAAGAAAACUUCCUGUGGACUGUCACUGACGAUCCGCGGACCACGGGCUGAGGAACAGUGA